AUGGCUUCACAGCUGAUGGAUGCUGUGCCAGCCGACAGCCAGCCUGCGUCGCGGACGCUCGUCGGUGGCAUUGAAACCAACUGUCGUUCCUCGGCCGUGGUGAACGCCUCCGUCACUCAACUACCAGCUCCGCCUGCGGGAUCAGCCACAGUAACUGAAGGGGACGGCAACGUGCACCCGUCGUCGCAAGAGCCCAGUCACCACGAGAGCGCCUCGACAAUCGCUGCUGCCAAGAGUGGGAGCCUGCUGCGCAAACCAUCCACCUCAGGAGCCCGUCAGCAGCUGCAGCCCCGUGAUGUCCAGGAAGCAUCCGACAAGGAAGCGCAAGUCGUCCGAAGCGAACGCUCCAACGACAUUUCCAGGCGCCACGGUAGCUUUUGCCGAGUUACUCCAUCUGCCCUGCGAGCUUUGCGCAAUGCGGUCGCUCUUACCGACCGCCGGCCGUCCCUGGCGCCUGCAGUGAUCGCGGCCGCAUUUGCCGCGCGGUCAUCGGGAUUUGAACGACGAGCGUCCAGGGAGCGUAGCAAGCACGCCUAUCACACGCACAGUGCGCAAUGCAGUGCGGUCUCCGUGUUCUACUCCUUGACGGCUCUGGUCAUGAUGGCGGCGCUGCUCGUGCUCGUCUACAUCCUGUCGCAACUGCUCUAUAACCGCAAGGACUCGCCGAGAGCGACGUGCAUGAACCACGUGUGCCGCGAAUACGCUCGGCGACUGCUCGACUCACUCAACCGGUCAGUAGACCCGUGCCACAGCUUCACGCGCUUCGUGUGCGACGGCUGGCGCCAGCGUCAGCUGUUAAGUGUCCGCGAGCUGAUUUUCAGUGCUGCCACUGAACGGAUCCUCCGCGUCGUGAACACCAUGGAUGUUCCCCUCUCCGGACAGAGCCUGCUCCAGCGGGCGACCAAGCUGUACAGGUACGCACUGGAGAGGCAAGAACGACCUAAAGACCAGGUGCGGUUAUCUAUACAGGACCCAUGUCCACUCAAGGAUAUUCAGCUACAGUGA